AUCGGUUGUGCGCGAAUCUCCAUAUAUAUAUAUAUAUAUAUACUCACACAUACAAUCACAUAUAUCUGUAUCUAUAUAUGUAUAUACAUAUGAAUUUUGAACUAGCCAAGCUUAAAAACGAUCUGCCUGACGUGCCGUACAAUCAUACGCCGUGCAUUCUUCGCGAACCGUGGAUGUGCCGCGUGUGUUUAUAAGUUAACCAAAAUUAUAUAUAUAGAAUAUCGAACAUCCUUAUAGGGAUGCAAAACGAACUAUUGAGUGCGUAACUCGUACCUCAGAUUUGGUGUGUGUUUGUUAAGAAAGCAAAGAGCAAAUCUAUAAGCAACAUACGGAUUUUACCUGAUCAUCAAAUAGAGAUAUAUAUAUAUAUAUAUAGAAUAUAUAUAUCUGUAACGCAAUUAAACAAAGAUGGCACCGAACAUAAUAGGCAGCACCUUUAUAUUGGCUGAGACGGCCAUGGCUGAUGCCAAUAAUAAUAAGAUGUCAACAGCAGCAGCAACAACAACAACAGCAACAACAACAACAGCAGCAGCGGCUGCGCCCAUCAAGGCAGCACCCAUGCCGGCAGCUAAGCCGGCCACGCCCCAAACGGAUGCCCAGAAAGCGACUGCAGCUGCCGAGCCCUUCAAGACCCAAAUCGUCUGGCAUAAUAUUGUGCUGUUCAUCAUCCUGCACUCGACGGCUCUCUAUGGCCUCUACUUGAUACCGGCCGAGAGUGCCUACCUCGAAAUAUUGCCCAUUUAUCUGUUCUCGUUCUUGGGCGGCUUGGGCAUUACGGCGGGCGUGCAUCGUUUGUGGUCGCACAAGGCGUACAAGGCGAAGCUACCACUGCGCAUCUUCCUCAUGCUUUGCCAGUCGCUGGCAUUUCAGAACAGCAUCUGGGAGUGGACACGCGAUCAUCGCGUGCACCACAAGUUCACCGAUACACACGCCGAUCCUCACAACUCUCGCCGUGGCUUCUUCUUCGCCCACAUGGGCUGGCUGCUCUGCAAGAAGCAUCCCGAUGUGCGCGGCAAGGGCAAGCAGAUUGACAUGAGCGACAUUGAGGCCGAUCCCGUUGUCAUGUUCCAGAAGAAAUACUACUUUGUUGUGAUGCCAAUUUGCUGCUUUGUUGUGCCCAUGCUGAUACCCUACUAUCUGAUGGGCACCUCACUGAAGGUCUGCUUCUUCAGCUGCUCGAUGCUGCGCUAUUGCCUCUCUCUGCACGGCACCUGGCUGGUGAACAGUGCCGCGCACUUCUACGGCAUGAAGCCCUACGAUGUGAACAUCAGCUCCGUCAACUCCAAACUGGUCUCGAACAUUACCUUCGGCGAGGGCUGGCAUAACUACCAUCACGUCUUCCCCUGGGACUACAAGGCAGCCGAGCUGGGCACCUACAAUGGCAACUGGACCACAGCCUUUAUCGAUCUGAUGGCCAAGAUAGGCCAAGCCUACGAUCUGAAGUACGUGUCCAAGGAGAUGGUGUACAAGCGUGUGCUGCGCACUGGCGACGGCUCCCACAUUGCCGCCCUGCUGGAUGCCAACAACAACUCCAGUGCCGCGCCCACAAACGAGCUGGUGAUGCACCUGGAUCACGAGAAGGAGGAGAACGCCGUCUGGGGCUGGGACGACAAGGACAUCAGCGAGGAGGAUCGCAAGCAUGCCACCAUUGUGAACAGUGUCCAGGAGAGCAAACAGGAUUAGACAAUGUUUGUGAAUUGCGUCCCGCAUGGUCUAUAUAACUCUCGCCGAUUUUGAUAGAUGGGAAUACAGUGUUUUCUGGCAGUAUAUACACAUAUAUACUCCUAAUAUACGAAUGAACGCGUCUGUUAUCUAUGUCGUGCAUUGGACGCAAAUACAUAUUAAAAAUGGCUUCAAUUCCAAAAAAAAAAAAAAAAAAAAGAUCAAGAGACAAAAGAGAAAUCUUCAAACCUUAACAUAUUCGAGAUGCGUCCAAAACUUUGUACAGACUAUCAAAGCAAACCCAGCAGCAGUUCUACAUAGAAGACAUAUGCAUUUUUUUUUAUAUAUAUCUACUUAAUCGUUCAAUGCUGAGCACACACUUGACCCCUAUAUAUACAUAUAUAUAUACAUACAUAUAUCUAUGCAUAAUAUGUAACGCCUGAGUUCUAACGACGCAAGUGGAUCUAGGCUUAAAUGUACUUGAUAAGGCUUAUGCUUAAGUCUCGAUUCUCAAAUGGAGAGAGUGUAAAUUGUUUGUAAUUAUUAGGUGUGUAGGAUAUUAAGCUUUAAGACUCCAAUUGUAUAUUUAAUCAGAACAAUUUGUAGAAAAACAAAAACAAAAUUGAAAACAACAAAAAAAAAAAAUUCGCUAAAAUUCCAAAAAAAUUCAAAAAAUUUUAUUCAUAUGCUUUCUUUCGCGCUCAAGAAAAGAAACAAUUUAUCGCGCGACUUGGACAUUUGUCUGGAAAUGGAAUAAAGAUUAUGCCUAACGAGCAUAUAUAUAAAUAUA